ACGAGUCAAUGACGUUACAUUCGCGACUGCGAGCGAUUCGUGUAUGAGCCGCUUGGAUACGACGCCGUUUUUCAUCAAAACGUUCCGGCCAAACGUGCCUGGCGAUGUCGAUUAAGAUUACUUGCUUUGUUGGAGAUGACAGUUUGACUGACGACAGCCAUUAUCGUUUUUUUGGUAGAACUGUUGUCGGCCGGUUUCAGUUUCAUUGAAAGCAACGGUGAACACGGUGCAUUCCGCCAUUUGCGGAGCCUUUCAUUUACCAAAACUGUGUUAAAACGACAACUAAAUACAACUAUUUGAACGCGGUUUUGAUCGGAUCUAUCUUAACAUUCAUCCAGAAAUGGUUCGGAACACUAAGCCGGCUUCGCUGCACUACUGGCGCGUGUCACCUUGAUUUCAGACAUGGCCGCUGCCGUGUUUUCAGUGCGACGAGCAAUCAUCUCUUCGAAAUCAAUAUUAACAUAUCAGCUCUUGAGAAAUGGGUGUAGUAGUAAGGAAUCUUCAGAAGGUGGUGCCUCUUCGCCGCGCCCGGCUCCGUAAGGACGUGAACACGCUCAGGCACAUCUUGGGUAUCCAGAAGUUCGACUUGGGCGUCGUUUGUGUGGACAACCGCAGGAUUCAGCACAUCAACAACAUUUACAGGAAAAAAGAUGAACCCACAGAUGUCCUAUCGUUUCCAUUCCAUGAGGGCCUGAGACCCGGUAAGAUGCCGUGCCCCCUCCACAGAGACGAGCUGAACCUCGGCGAUAUUUUCCUGGGCGUGGAGUUCGUCAUGAGACAGUGUCUCGAGGAGUCCACGGAUCUGCACGAAACGCUCACUGUGGUGACGGCCCAUGGUAUUUGCCACCUGCUUGGCUACAGACACGAAACGGAGGAGGAAUGGAGUGAGAUGGUGCAGAAGGAAAGCUACAUUCUUCGCGAGUACAACAGACUGACGGGGCAACAUUUACUGCCCAUGAUGAAGCCAUGCCACCAGGACAGCAGAACUUUGUCUCAUCCCUGAGACGGCAGAAACGGCUUUGAACUGCCAUCUCACCCACAGCGAUGAAGUCGAUAUCCUCUUGCCAUGUGACUGAUCAGACUGGGCAAGUGCUUUUGGAAGAGGAUAAAUAGAACCACACCUUUUUUAUUCACUAUUGAAUAAAAAAAAAAAAAGAAACUCAUGUCUGUAU